AUGGCUGGAUCCAAAUCUUCUUCUCCUUUUCAUCCCGCUCUUGCCGUCUCUAAUAUUAAGAAUAAUAUCCCUAUCCCUCUAGAGAUGGAAAAUGUACAAUAUGCUACAUGGGCGGAGUUGUUUAAGGUCCAUGCUAGAUCCCACCGGGUUCUGCACCACAUACUACCACCUAAGACACCGUCGGAAACCGUCUCCACCGCGGCCGAAACGGAGUUGUGGGCUACUUUGGACGCUACUGUCCUCCAGUGGAUUUAUUCCACCAUUUCUACUGACCUCCUUCACACCAUCAUUGAACCGGAUGCCACCGCCAUGGAUGCUUGGAACCGCCUCCGAGAUAUAUUCCAAGACAACAAAAACUCCCGUGCAGUGGCCCUAGAACAAGAGUUCUCUCAUCUCUCAAUGGAAGAUUUCUCCACCGUGUCGGCAUAUUGCCAACGCAUCAAAGAGCUCUCGGAUCAACUCAAAAACGUGGGCUCCCCUGUGUCUAAUGAUCGUCUUGUUCUUCAAUUAGUCUUCGGUCUCACUCCGGCAUACUCUACUGUUGGUACGUUAAUUCGUCAAACUUCUCCUCUUCCCUUAUUUUAUCAAGCACGUUCUAUGCUUAUUUUAGAGGAGGUCGGACUUGCUCAAACUAAUACCACCGGCUCCACCACUGCUAUGGUGGCUGCCACUAAUGAUAUGGAUGAUAAUAAUAAUCAUGGUUCCCCUUAUAAUCAUACUGGAAAAAAACCUCAAAAUCGUCCUAAUAAUAAUUCAGGAAAAAAAUCCGGUGGUCGGACUGGUGGCCGCGGCGGCGGCCAGGGCUCAGGUGGUGGCCACGGUGGUCGGCGUGGCAGUGGGGGUCCACGACAGCAGGUACAGCAGCAGCAGCCAUGGGGCCCGUGGCCAUGGUAG